CUCCUGCACUUCCCACCAGAGCCAUGUCCUACUGCGGAGAGCUGUGCCUGCCCUACAGCAACCCCUGCGAGCUGAGCUGCCCUCAGCCCGUGGCCAACGCCUGCAACGAGCUCUGUGUGACCUCCUGCGACGACUCCAAGGCCGUGAUUUACCCCCCACCCGUCGUCCUGACUUUUCCAGGGCCCAUCCUCAGCUCCUGCCCCCAGGAAAGCGUGGUGGGCAGCUGCAGCCCCCCCGGCAUCAUCGGCCGCUCCUUUGGCUCCGGGGGCUCCCUGGGUUACAGGGGGUACGGAAAUCCCGUCGGUCUGAGGGGCUCCAUCCUCUUUGGAGGUGCCAGCGGUUAUGGGGGGGCGUGUAAUUCCAGCAGGUCCUACAAUUCGGGCUGCUCAGCCCCGGGAAGGGGGAGUUGCAGCCCGUACCUUUACCGCCAGUACAGCACCUGCAGCCGAGGGAGCUGCGGUCCCUGCUAA